CUCCCUAUUUCUAUGUAAGAUGGUGGUUUAGGAGGCACUCUCGCUAUCCAAAGAGGCAAUAAGAAAAAAAGGCUUGGUGUUUUCGCAUCAAAUCACCCGGGAAACAAUUCAAAGCACCAAUUUUGCUAGAUCUGGGACGUUUAGAUUGAUUUUAUUGGAGUAAAUCAGUCUUUACAGAUAGACAAGCUCUCCCUCUGACCUGUGAGAAAGCCCCCCUCUUCUCUCCGCGUCGUGCCAUAGGAUGUCUCACAGCCCUGAGGUGAAGGAAGACCCCAUGGAGUGCCCACUUUGCAUGGAAUCAUUAGAGAUUGAUGACAUCAAUUUCUUCCCCUGCACCUGCGGCUACCAGAUAUGCCGCUUCUGCUGGCACCGUAUACGCACAGAUGAGAAUGGCCUCUGCCCUGCCUGCAGAAAGCCCUAUCCAGAAGACCCUGCAGUCUACAAACCUCUAUCUCAAGAGGAGCUACAGAGGAUAAAGAACGAGAAGAAGCAGAAGCAGAACGAGCGGAAGCAGAAGGUCACAGAGAAUCGCAAACACCUUUCUAGUGUGCGUGUAGUCCAGAGAAACUUGGUGUUUGUUGUGGGCCUUUCUCAGAGACUCGCCGACACGGAGGUCUUAAAAAGGCCAGAAUACUUUGGGAAGUUUGGGAAAAUCCAUAAGGUGGUCAUCAAUAACAGCACUUCAUAUGCUGGCUCACAGGGUCCAAGCGCUAGUGCCUAUGUCACUUACGUUCGAUCAGAAGAUGCCCUCAGAGCGAUACAGUGUGUUAACAAUGUUGUUGUAGACAGCAGAACACUCAAGGCUUCUUUAGGUACAACAAAAUACUGCAGCUAUUUUCUAAAAAGCAUGCAGUGCCCCAAACCAGACUGCAUGUAUCUUCAUGAGCUGGGAGAUGAAUCGGCUAGUUUCACAAAAGAAGAAAUGCAGGCAGGGAAACACCAGGAAUAUGAGCAGAAACUCUUACAGGAACUCUACAAAACAAAUCCCAACUUCCUGCAGAACUCAACAGGCACAGGGGAGAAGUCAAAGAGCAAAUCAAGCACAUCACAGAGUUCCAACUAUAACAACAAAGAUGCGUGGCCUUCGUUACAAACCACAGGGAAGACACCCAAUGGGCUUCCAGAACACCAUAAGACCCCGCCCCCAGAUGGCGGCUCAGACUCUGAAAACAUGACUUCAGACGUACCGGACACAGAGUUGGGCCUGCCCCCCUUCAUGUCAAACUGUGACCAUGUUAGCCCUUGCAACAAACCUUCAGACGGCAUCAGCAUAGGUAACGGGGAAACAUCACAAAUUUCCUACAACGACUCUCCAUCGCCCCCUCCUGGCUUGACCAAGCCACCUCUAGUGGUGCCUAUCUGUGUAGCAGGACUGACAGCACAGUCUCCUUUUGAGGGAGCAGCAGCCGAGUCACAGUCACUCUUUUCAGACAACAGCAACUUCAGACACCCUAACCCCAUCCCUAGCGGCAUGCCCGGUUUUCCUAGUUCCCUUCACUGCAACUCAGACUGGCCCACAGCCCCAGAACCUCAGAGCCUCUUCACAUCAGAUACCAUACCAGUAUCGUCCUCCACGGACUGGCAAGCGGCCUUUGGCUUUGGCUCUUCGACCAAGCAACAUGAUGAUGACCUUGGCUUUGACCCCUUUGACAUCACCCGAAAGGCGCUGGCUGACCUCAUAGAGAAAGAACUCUCUGUAGAAGACAACGCCUCCUUUCCCACAUCCACUGUUACGUCAGCGCCAGGCUUCCCUCAUGGGACGUUACUGGGCCCCUCCAUGAAAAGCAUACUUCAGCCUCCAACAUCCUCACAUUUCCCCCUGAACUCCAGCCUACCCUCGCAGGGCUUUUCCCAGCUCCCACACCGUGCCAUCUUCAAUUCUUUUAGCUUUCCCGGACAGACGCAGAGCUCCCGGCACAGUUGGAUGGGCAUGCCCAUGCGCAAUAACCUUCCGCACUUGAAUCACACGGCUGGUCACGGUGCCCCUUCCUCUGCUACAAAACACAGCAGCUUUUUGGACUUUAAUUUGGCGGCACAACAACAGCAACAUCACAGUACGGGGCUUGGAGGUAUCCCCAUCACAGAAAACGGCAGAUCAGUAGAAAGUCUAAAUGUGAAGGAAUGGCAGGAUGGGCUCAGAGCACUUUUACCUAACAUCAACAUCAACUUCGGUGGACUGCCCAGCUCCUCAUCUUCCUCGUCUUCUUCAUCCUCUUCAUCCUCCAAUAUGAAACACACAGGCGGGAUCUCACAUGGCACAGCCAGCUGGAUGGACCCUGCCAUCAUCACAGGUAUCCCAGCUUCUUCAGGCAACAGUCUGGACUCUCUGCAUGAUGAGUAUCCCCCACAUUGGCUCAAAUCAUUACAGGCACUCACAGAGAUGGAUGUCCCUUCCAGCUCCACAGUGCUGCCACAGCCCCCCCACACAGGGCCCUUCGGGGCCCAGUUCCCACACAGAGCCGGCUGGGCCCCUUAUCCAACCACAGCCUUGCCUAACCCCGCCAUCCAGUUCCACUCACCUCCUCCAGGGUUCCAGUCUGCCUUCAGACCCUCAGCCAAGGCCUCUACAGAUCUGCUACAGAGUGCUGGCAUGGACCGCCUUUAGAAACUGUGAAUUCUGAUCCCUACCCCCCGUUUUCCAGGAACACCCAGCAAACACAACAGUCGAAUCAGUACAAACCUAUUAACAAAAUUACAAGAUUAUGUAAUACUUUGCGGUCAUUUUAUCCCAUUUCUGGAUUUGUUUCUGUUUAUUUAGUCUAUUCUUUGUUGCCCUAGUGUUCUGUUCCAGCUUUCCAUUAUGAAACCAUCCAGUUGUCACAGAAAAGCAUACGAAGAACGUUUUUGACAUGUAGGACGUCUUUAGAGGCUUAAUGCAACUUGUUAGAACAUAGUACUUAAAAGAAUAGUUCACCCAAAGAUGAAUAGUCUAUCAUCAUUUAAUGUAUGGCUUGCUUUCUUGCAUGUAUCUAAAGAUUUGAUGUUUGGCAGAACAACCAUCUCAGUCACCAAUUCUGCCUAACAUCUUUUGGGUUCUUUGGAAGAAACAAACACAUCUCAUGACAGAUGUUUUUUUUAGAUGAAUUAUCUCUUUAAUUUUGGACUACAUACCAAUGCUCAAAAACAAAAUUGUCUUUUUUUUUUUUUUUUACAAUUCCAUUGAAAGAAAAUGGAAAGAAUCAAAAGAAAGUGUAUUGAUUAGAAACAAAUUUGCCUUAAAAGCUAAACCAAAAAGAACAGCACAUGUUCAACAUCUGCACAACAAAGGUGCUACUUCCUGUGUGGGCCCUUCGAGCCAUGCCACUCUAAGCAAUCAAGUAGAUAUCAAAAAGGAAAAAAAGAAAUACAGGGCUUAUUCUUUUUUUAUAUAUUAUUGAUCAAAAGGGUACUUGACUUCUAUUAUUCCAAAGGAUCAAAGGCAUAAUGAUGAGGAAGCAAAAAGCAUAAGCACUUUUUCUGUGGAUCUUUGGCCUUUAACUUUGUUUUGCCUUUCUGUUCCCUUGUUAAAAGGGAGAUGCAGUUUUAGGGGUCAGAAAUGUGGCGCCAGCUCUGAAAACUGUUAUGGUUCGAAUGAGCCAUACCAGUUAAAAAGGCCAUGUCAGAGUCUCUAGCAGAAUUUUGCCUGUGUUUUGCCAAAUUUGCUUGGUUGGUGAGGGGGUCUUCCACUUAAAUUGCGACACCGCAUUUAACCUCUGUAUCAGACGGCGGUGCAUUGCAAAAUUAUGAGGAAGGCUGUUAUAUUGAAGAGCUCUGAGACACUGACCCCUUUCAAGUGCAGGGCUUGAGUAGAAUAUGAGGUGCCACCAUGUGGCAUCUUUAAAAGCUAUGCUAGCUUAGUGGGCAGACGUAUGCAUGUGGCCUAAUCAGUGUUUAUGCUCCGACUAUGCUCCCUGAAGAAACUUGAAAGUAUGCAAGAAAUUGAUGGAUUUAGGCAGUGUUUUGAGUGUGAAUGUUUAGCAGGAAACUAUAGUUAAAGCUGUAAUUUAGAUGGGUGUAUGAACAAAAUCAGGGUUUAAGGGCACUUUCAAAUGAUGGAAGAGAAAUUGAUUGUUUUUUAAUCAGUAGUUUGACAUCUGUUCAUAAAAGGACAGUUUGUGAUGAGGGGAAAAAGGUUGCGGAGUGGGUGUCAUCUUGCUGUUUGUAUGUCUAGCAAUUAAUUCGCACGUUGACAUUUUCUACUGGCCAUGCCAAAGUGACUGUGAUUGGGUGCUAUAAUGCUGGUGAAAGCUGGGAUGGCAAUGCUACUUGGCAACAGAGGUAUUGGCAAUGCUCAAGGUCUCUUCUAGGACUGUUAACACUGUCACUUCUUCUGCCCCUCCUUGCCUUCAUAGGUUUCUUUUAAUGGUCUUAAUCCUGUAUAAUCUGUAGGUUGCUGCCGACUGCUCCGUGUUCAACAGUAUUCAAAAGGAAAUAAUAAUAAAUAAAAAUCUUAAGAAACCAGUACAAUUUAACUUUGGGUUUACACAAUGCUAAAAUGUAAGAAAAUUAAAAAUGCAGAUCUGAAGGAAUUGUACCUCUCUACAGGUCUGGGGGACAAUAAAAACGAAAUCUUAAAUAAAAGAAAAAUUUGAUGCUUGAGUUGGAAGUUGUUUCUCAGUCUUCAUGCCUUUUGUCUAUAGGGUUAAAACAGUAAUGGAAACCUGACAGUAUAUUCUA